AUGUAAUAAAACUGAAAUUACUUAUAAUUUGGAAAAGGUUUUGUUUUAUUUCAUUUUAUUUUUUGGUGGUAAGUUUUUGAUGUACAGAGGAGAAGAGUAGAAGACGCAUAGCUAUAUAGCUCCACUGCUGUUGCGAGCUCUGAACAAUGAAAUUUAGGGUUUCACACAGAGUUCCCGUCUUUCCUAACUCUACUCACCUCAGUUCCCUCCAUGAUAACCAGCGUCGUUAUUUCACUUCGUUUAUUAGAAAGCUCCGACGCCAAGCAGUCGCUCAAGCCCAAGCUUCUUUCGAUGGCGGAAGUGGCAGUUCUAAAGGUGACUCUUUUUUGGUGCCUGGUGCAACUGUGGCUACCUUACUUAUGCUUGGUGCUCUGCAUGCCCGUCGAAUGUAUGACGACAAGAAGGUUGAAGAGGAACGAGGGAAAGGGAUUGAAUCUGAGUUCCAACCUGAUUUAAAGGCUGCUUUUCUAAGAUUUCUACCUCUGCGAUCCAUGUCUAGAUGUUGGGGAUAUUUUACUAGUGUGGAAAUACCUGUCUGGCUACGUCCUUACAUUUUUAGAGCUUGGGCACAGGCAUUUCACUCAAACUUAGAAGAAGCAGCUUUGCCUCUGGAUGAAUAUGCUUCCUUACGAGAUUUCUUUGUUCGCACACUAAAAGAAGGUUGCAGGCCUAUUGACCCUGAUCCACAGUGUCUGAUUAGUCCUGUUGAUGGUACUAUCUUAAGAUUUGGAGAGUUAAAAGGAUCUGGGGCUAUGAUUGAGCAAGUCAAAGGGUUUUCUUAUUCUGUUUCCUCUCUUCUUGGUGCAAGCUCAUUCCUUCCUAUGGUUGCUGAAGGACAUAUGGAGGAAGAUGAAGAUGAACCAGAAAAAACUUCUGUGAAUAAGAGUAAGAACUCAUGGUGGAGAAUUUCAUUGGCUUCUCCCAAAGUCUGGGAACCUGUGCUAUCACGUCCCAUGAGAGGCCUUUUUUACUGUGUAAUAUAUUUGAAGCCUGGAGACUAUCAUCGGAUACACUCCCCAGUUGAUUGGAAAAUUCUUAUUCGCCGACAUUUUUCAGGUAAUUUAUUUCCUGUAAAUGAACGUGCCACAAGAACGAUCAGAAACCUUUAUGUUGAGAAUGAAAGGGUUGUGCUUGAAGGUCUAUGGAGGGAAGGGUUUAUGGCAAUUGCUGCUGUAGGGGCGACAAAUAUUGGAUCAAUUGAGCUUGUAAUAGAGCCAAAACUCCGGUCAAACCUGCCAAGAAAAAGGUUAGCACACCCAGAGCCUCCAGAAGAACGGCUAUAUGACCCUGAAGGUGUUGGUAUAAUGCUCAGAAAAGGGGACGAGGUAGCAGCUUUCAACAUGGGAUCAACAGUGGUGAUGGUCUUCCAGGCUCCAGUUAAGAAGAAUGUUGGUUCUUUAUCUGAAUUUAAAUUCUCUGUCAAACGCGGAGAUAAAAUUCGUGUCGGAGAAGCCUUGGGUGGAUGGCAAGAACAAUAGCCGCUGGCCAGAAAAACAGAAAGAAAAUGCAAGUAGUUUUGUUUUGCUACUACACAUGCUACAUUGUGACGAUGAUGCAUCAUAUAUGACAGUUUGAAAAAAGAAAAUUUCAUUAAACUAUGUUAUCAUUAUAGCACAAAUCUAUCUCACUAGCCAUAUUAUUAAUCAGAGAGUAGAUGGUUCGUUCAUUUAUUUAACUUAGCUUGCUAUUUAUCAAUUUAGUUCCAAGUUUUACUCAUGAUUUUCUUUCAUAAAGAUUGACCUGUGGAUGAUUUCUAAAACGAGAAAAAUGAUUAUAAAGAAUUCAUCGUUUUCCA